AUGGAGAAGCGGAACACCCAAACCUACUACGAGGACGAUCUUUUUGACGGCUCCGACGAUGAACGAACGGCAGCAGCCCCGUUCCUGGCUCCCUACCCUUCUCCGGGCAUGAUGCCGUCGCUGCGAACACCAUUAUCGGCGCUGCUGUAUGGCGGGUCGCCCCGGCCACACCACCGACGCAUCGUGUCGCUUCUGAGCGAGAAAAACUCGUCCAACACGGCUGUCAGCGACGAGAACGACGACGACUUCUAUGAGAAGUUGGGAGAGAGCGUCUACGGCCGUUCUAGAGACAGUGCCAUCGGGAUGAACAACCUCUCGCGCUACUCGGCGCAGAACAUCACCACAUUUGCCGAGGAGCCGGCGCAGCUGCCCUACGGGCUCGAGUAUCCGCAGUCGGCGUAUAACCGUCCAGAUAAGUUCUUUGAGGGGGUCACUGCGUACCCGAGUCUGGACCCCAAUGCCAUGGGGCCUGGGAUGCGCCAGUCGAUGGUCAUGCCGCUCCAGACCAAUAAUUACAACGUCAACCUUUUGGAGGACGCCGACCAGGAUCCGUUUGGCGACGAUGACUCGUUGUUCUCGGACAUCGGCGAAGAGCCCAUCAGACGUGGAACCACGAUCGGACGCAGUUCGGGCAACAACGCCCAUUUCGCCGACGACGAGGACUUCAAGCCAAGACUCAACUACACAAAAACCAUCAAGCGCGCGAAAUUGGUGCAUGGUAACUAUGUCAUUGAUGCCCCUGUUCCGCAGAGACUAUUGCAGGACUUCACAAGCAAACAGUUCGGAAAGAGUAACGAAACCUCGUUCGUCAGAUAUUCUGGUGUCACCUGUGGGCCUUCUAAUUUUGUCAAGUUCAACUACAACAUCCGUCAGAACAUAUACAGCCCGCCCAGAGAAACGGAGAUCAUGGUCUGUAUCACCAUGUAUAACGAAGACGAAAUUCUUUUGGGCAGGACCCUCAAGGGUGUCUUCGAUAACAUCAAAAACCUCACCAACCGUAACAAUGCCACCUGGGGUGACGGAUCGUGGAAAAAGGUCACCGUAGUCAUCGUGAACGAUGGUCGUCUCCAGCUCAAUGAGAGAACCCAAAGUCUUCUCACAGCAUUGGGUCUCUUUCAAGAAGGUUAUGCAAAGUCUAAGGUCAACAACAGCGAUGUGAAAGCGCAUGUUUAUGAGUAUACAACCACCGUGGGCAUCGAGAAGGUGACAAAGGAUAGAGUCCAUCUCAACGUGAACGCUACCCCCGUCCAGUUGAUUUUCUGUUUGAAAGAAAAGAACGCCCGUAAAAUCAACUCGCACAGAUGGUGUUUCCAAGCUUUUGCACCUCUUCUCAACCCCAAAGUCAUCAUGCUUUUGGACUGUGGUACCAAACCUUCUAAGGAUGCAUUCUAUCAUUUGUGGAGUGCUUUCAGAGAUCCAAAUGUUGCUGGUGCUUGUGGUGAGAUGAGAGUUGGAUUGGGUCCCGGAAAGGGACUUCUAGCCAAUCCAUUGGUGGCUGCGCAAAACUUCGAGUACAAGAUCUCGAACGUUCUUGACAAACCCAUGGAGUCUGUCUUCGGCUUCAUUUCAGUGUUGCCUGGUGCGUUCUCAGCAUACAGAUGGGACGCUCUUCUAAAUGUUGAUGGUCAAGGCCCACUAGAAAAGUACUUCAAGGGUGAGUUCUUGCAUCAAACAUCGAAGAUUGACGAGGAAGACGACGAGUUCGAGCUUAUGGAAAGAAACUACCAAGAAUCCGGUAUUUUUACAUCCAAUAUGUAUCUUGCAGAGGACAGAAUCUUGUGUUUUGAGCUUGUGGCCAAGAGAAAUAAGAACUAUGUGUUGAGAUUCGUCAGCGGAGCUAAAGCCGAAACAGAUGUUCCAGAAAAGAUCGACGACUUUGUUUUGCAACGUCGUAGAUGGCUUAAUGGUUCUUUGUUCGCCGCUAUGUAUGCCAUUUUCCACUGGACUCAAAUCUGGCGCUCCAAUCAUUCUCUUUUCAGAAAGAUUUGGCUUCAACUCGAGUUCUACUACCACUUGAUGACUGUCUUGGUGUCUUGGUUCUCUUUGUCUUCUUUCUUUUUGGUUUUCCGGAUUUUGACUAGAAAUUUAGGAUCGCCAGACGUUGGUUUCGCCUUAGGAAAGUAUAUCUCGACUGCAUUCCUAUGGAUCUACAUUGGGUGUGUUGUGUGUACUUUCGUUCUUGCUUUUGGUAAUACGCCAAGAGGUACAAGAAGAUUUUACUACGGUAUUACGAUUUUCUUUGCAGUUCUAAUGGCUUACUUGUUGUUUGCAGCAGUCUAUUUGGCGAUCUCGACGGUCAAAUUGGUGUUGAAGAGUACGGAUGGACAUUUCGAUGCCAAAAUGCUUAUUACAAACGAGAAGUUCCGUGACUUGGUGGUGUCGAUGCUCAGUACCUACUUGUUGUAUGCCAUCGGUGCCGUUCUUCAUGGAGAGCCAUCAUUCAUGGUAACAUCUUUCUUGCAAUACCUUCUUCUUUCACCAUCGUACGUCAAUGUGCUUAACAUUUACUCCUUCUGUAACAUUCAUGACGUCUCCUGGGGAAACAGAGAUACACCACAAGCCAAAGACUUGGGAGCUGCUAAAGUCAGUGACGUCGACGGAGAAUUGGUUAUGAUGGUUGUGCCCGGCUCACAAGGGGAGCUCGAAGACGCCUACAAGAAUACAUUGGAGGAGCUUAAAAUCCCUGCUGUGCCUGUUCCAAGGGUCAAGAGCCAGAAGGAAAAAGAUGAUUCUUACUACGCUUUGGUCCGUACUGUGACUGUUUUGGUGUGGAUGCUCACAAAUGCUAUUCUCAUUGCCAUUGUUUUGGCAGCUGGCGGUAACAAGGACAACAUCUGGAAUGACUACAGAAACUCCACCAUCUUCUUGACUGUGAUUCUUUGGGUGGUGUGCGCCUUGGCUGCGUUCCGUCUUAUUGGAAGCGUUUUGUAUGUGCUACAGAAAAUGGGUAGGCCCGUCAAGUGGUGGAUGCAGAAGAGGAAGAGUGUUGAAUGA